AUGGAUCCUCAAUUGAUACUCUUUCGACGGCAGUAUCUGCAGAUAUUCAAACCGGACUUUCUGGCAUGGCCGCCGAAGCAGUUGCUGCGAGAUGCGCACAUUCAAGCAUGGCUGUACACGCAUCUUUUCGACAGUGAGAAGAACUCGAUGUUGCCGCCGCAGAGAUAUCAGCUGCGAGUGCUGAAGCCUCUGCUCGCAAGAAUUGAGCAAGCUAUCGAGGAUCCAGAGGAGGAUGAAAUCUCAGAUGAUCUCAUGUCCCAUCUCUCCGUCCUCAUUUCCGCAAAUCUACCAUCAGAAACCACAGCUGCACAGCAGAAGUCAUAUGUAACGUUUGUCUGCUUGCCACCAGGUUCCGACCAGGAUAUGGACUACCGAAAUGAGCCGAGCAUCACACUUCUGGAGAGAAGACACCUCAUCUCAGGAUCGCUGACGACAGGCUUCCGAACAUGGGAAGCCGCACUGCAUUUGGGAUCAUAUCUCCUCAGCCCGGAAGGACAGAAAGUCGUCAAUGGGAGGAGCGUGCUUGAGCUCGGUGCAGGGACCGGAUUCCUUGCCAUCUUGGCUGCGAAACAUCUGCAAGCGAGGCACGUAACCACGACUGAUGGCGACGAAGGUGUGGUAGAAGCUCUGCAAGAGAACCUCUUCCUCAACGGCUUGGACGACAGCAAGAAUGUGAUCAACAGUGUAUUGCGAUGGGGUUCUGGUUUGAAGGGCAGCUGGAUCGAGGACGACUGCGAGGAGUUUCCCUACGACGUGGUCGUUGGAGCGGAUAUCACAUACGACAAAGUGGCAAUUUCAGCACUUGUCGCGACACUGCGCAUGCUCUUCGACAUGCGACCAAAGCUGGAAGUGCUCAUCUCCGGCGCAAUCCGCAAUCCUGAGACGUUUGAGACUUUCAGGCACGCUUGUUGUGAGUACAGUUACCGCGAGAUUGAUGCACGAGUUUGGCUGACGGUCCUAGUACGCAACAAAUUCGAUAUCAGCGAGAUCGAGUUCCAGCCGAGACCUAUCCGGGAGCAGACUUCACUGUUCUACGCCACUGCAGUACCGCUGAAGAUUCUCUUGAUCAGGCGGCCUUGA